UAAUGUCAGGUCAUAAUAUUUUAUAGAGAAUGAGAGAAUUUCCUUGGCACCCAAGAAAAAUGGAAAAGAUUUUCAUAUAACCGACAGACAAAAAAAUGAUUUACAUGCUUUUCUCCUUCUGAAGAAAACAUUGAUAGUCUGCAAGAAACUAAAGUAUAAGAAUAUCAAAAUCAUAAGAGCAUAUUCCAGUUAAUUAAACUAGUAGCCCUUCUGUAUCCAUUUCCCUGGAAAAAGCGACAUGGAAUCAAGGGUGCAGCAGCUUCACAUAAUGUUCUUUCCACAUCUGUCUCAUGGACACAUGAUUCCAACCAUAGACAUGGCAAGAGUAUUUGCCAGGCAUGGUGUUAAGGUAACCAUCAUUUCCUCUCCUCUCAAUGCUCCCUUGAUCUCUGAAAUACUCGAAAAAGAUAAGCAAAUUGGUCUUGAAAUUGGAAUUCGGAUUAUAAAAUUCCCUUCAGCCGAGGCAGGGUUGCCAGAAGGAUGUGAAAAUCUGGCUUCGACAACUUCACCACAAAUGUUCAAUAAUUUCUUCAAGGCACUUUCUUUGCUUCAACAACCGCUGGAGGAGAUCCUGGAAGAAUGCCGACCCAAUUGCCUUGUCGCGGAUACUGCAUUUCCUUGGGCUACAGAAGUUGCCGCCAAGUUUGGAAUUCCAAGGUUGAUUUUCCAUGGAACAAGUUACUUUGCUAUUUGUGCCUUUCUCUGUAUACUUCGCUAUGAACCCCACAAAAAUACAGUUUCUGAUUCUGAAUAUUUUACUCUGCUAGGUCUUCCAGACCACAUACAGAUGACAAAACUUCAGCAGCCAAGUUAUUUCAACGGAGUCGAUGAUGAACAAAAGAAGAUGGCAGAUUUAUCAGUUCAAUCAGAGGUGACUAGCUAUGGAGUCCUUGGAAAUAGUUUCAAGGAGCUGGAGCCAGCUUACUCGGAACACUACAGGAACGUUCUUGGAAGAAAAGCAUGGAAUGUUGGGCCGGUUUCUCUCUGCAACAAAGAAAUAGAAGAAAAAUCUCUGAGAGGAAAAGCAGCCUCCAUUGACACACAUGAGUGCUUAAAAUGGCUAGACUCAAAGCAGCCAAACUCGGUUCUCUACAUAAGUUUCGGAAGCAAGUAUAAGUUUCCCCAUGCUCAGCUACUCGAGAUUGCUAAGGGUCUGGAAGCAGCCGGACAGGAUUUCAUUUGGGUAAUCAAAAACGAAGACAAGGACGAACUUCUUGAAGAAUUUGAACAGAGAAUAACGAAAAACAAAAAGGGUUUAAUAAUAAAAGGGUGGGCUCCUCAAGUACUCAUUCUUGAAAAUGAAGCGGUUGGAGGGUUUAUGACUCACUGUGGAUGGAACUCUGUCCUGGAAAGUAUCAGCAAUGGAGUUCCGAUGAUCAUAUGGCCACUCUAUGCGGAACAGUUUUAUAACGAAAAGCUAGUCACGCAAAUUCUGAAAGCGGGAGUGAGUGUUGGUGCAAAGGAAUGCAGCAGAUCGAUUGAUGCUAAAAAAAUUUCAGUGAAGAAGGAAGAUAUAGAGAAGUCUAUGAAACGGUUGAUGGUUGGUGAAGAAGGUGAAGAGAUAAAAAGGCGAGCUAAGGAGCUGAAAGAGAUGGCUAGGCGAGCUGUUGAAGAAGGUGGAUCAUCUUACUCUGAUAUACGGGAUUUCUUGGAAGAAAUGAGGGCAAACUUUGGAUAAAAUAAUCAGCAACCAGAAAUUGAUGAGCAAGAAAAAAGUUAGCCUUGAUGCACGUAGA